CAGUCUGCAUACAGUACACCCCCAGGACACAGCCCAGGGUUCUUUAGCCUCGUUUCUUCAUUAGCAUUAGCGACCAGGCUAACACGGGGUUGCUGUGUACAGUAAAGGAUGUGGUUCUGUGUGUGGCUGAUAGCCCUGUGUAUGUGUUGGCAUGGGGGCAGCCCCUCCCCGGUGACCCCUGCGGUGGGGUGCCAGGGCCCAGAGGUCCUGAGGGCGGCGGAGGAAGGCCUGGACAAGAUCAAUGCUGACCUCACCGAAGGAUUCAUCCUCAGCCUCAACAGAGUCUAUGAUGUCAGCCAGCAGACAGUGGUGAGGCUGGUCAACUAGCUACUGUUCUGAACUGUACUACUCUUCCUGUUUAAUAAAAGGUUGAUGGUGUUUUUCUAGUUAUUUGUGUUCUUCACUGAUUGAGUGUAAUGGAACAAUGCAAGAGUUUUUUAUUUUCCUGUCUUUUGGGCGCAAACUUUACAGAAAAGAUAGAGGUGAGUAAAAAGUACUGUUUAUAGUUGUAUAAUUUCUGUUUUUAAGAAGCACGGCAGCCUGCACAGUUCUCUAUCAGUAAUUGAUACUGUUCUGUAAAAUUCCCUCUAGUGUCCAAAAGAGGUAAGUUCUAAAGUGUUGAGAAAUCGUCUACUAACUGCCCAAAGUAAAUACAUGUAUAUUGGUCAAUUAUGAGAGCAUUUGACAAAUGAGAUUAUUUGAACUGUCAAAUUACUAUUGCAUGAAUUUUUGGCUUUUCACCCCUUUAGUGGAGUAACUGCCUCCCCUACCUCCACCUCUCUCCCCAGGAAGGAGCAGGGGUGCUGUUCAACCUGACCAUAGACGUGCUGGAGACAAAGUGUCACGUGAUCAGCAAGAAGCCAUGGAAGAAAUGUGAAGUGAAGGAUGUAGCUGAUGUACCAGUAAGCAGUAUACCAUAUAGGGAUGUAUGGGCUUAUAUGGUGUGGGGAGUUAGACUUAUAGGGUGUGGGGAGUUAGGCUUAUAGGGUGUGGGGAGUUAGGUUUAUAGGUGUGUUGUGGUUUGGUUAUAGGUGUGGGGCAGUUUGCUUAUAUGGUGUGGAGUUGGAUUGGUGUGGGGAGUUAGCUUAUAUGGUGUGGGGAGUUAGGUUAUAGGUGUGGGGAGUUAGGCUUAUAUGGUGUGGGAGUUGGUUUAUGGGUGGGGAGUUAGGCUAUUGGUGUGGGGAGUUAGGCUUAUAGGGUGUGGGGAGUUAGGUUUAUAUGGUGUGGGGAGUUAGGCUUAUAGGGGUGGGGAGUUAGGCUUAUAGGGUGUGGGGAGUUAGGUUUAUAUGGUGUGGGGAGUUAGGCUUAUAGGGUGUGGGGAGUUAGGUUUAUAUGGUGUGGGGAGUUAGGUUUAUAUGGUGUGGGGAGUUAGGUUUAUAUGGUGUGGGGAGUUAGGCUUAUAGGGUGUGGGGAGUUAGGUUUAUAUGGUGUGGGGAGUUAGGCUUAUAGGGUGUGGGGAGUUAGUUAGGGUGGGGAGUUAGCUUAUAGGGUGUGGGGAGUUAGGCUUAUAGGGUGUGGGGAGUUGUAUGGUUCUUUAUAUGGUGUGGGAGUUAGGCUUAUAGGGUGUGGGGAGUUAGGCUUAUAGGGUGUGGGGAGUUAGGCUUUAGGGUGUGGGGAUAGCUUUGGGAUGCUUAUAGGGUGUGGGGAGUUAGGCUUAUAGGGUGUGGGGAGUUAGGCUUAUAGGGUGUGGGGAGUUAGGCUUAUAGGGUGUGGGGAGUUAGGCUUAUAGGGUGUGGGGAGUUAGACUUAUAGGGUGUGGGGAGUUAGGCUUAUAGGGUGUGGGGAGUUAGGCUUAUAGGGUGUGGGGAGUUAGGCUUAUAGGGUGUGGGGAGUUAGGCUUGUAGGGUGUGGGGAGUUAGACUUAUAGGGUGUGGGGAGUUAGGUUUAUAUGGUGUGGGGAGUUAGGCUUAUAGGGUGUGGGGAGUUAGGCUUAUAGGGUGUGGGAGUGUAGGGGGGGGCUUUAGGGUGUGGGGAGUUAGAGCUUAUAGGGUGUGGGGAGUUAGGCUUAUAGGGUGUGGGGAGUUAGGUUUAUAGGGUGUGGGGAGUUAGGUUAUAGGGGGGGGUUGUCUUAUAGGGUUGUGGGGAGUUAGGUUUAUAGGUGUGUGGGGAGUUAGGUUUAUAGGGUGUGGGGAGUUAGGCUUAUAGGGUGUGGGGAGUUAGGCUUAUAGGGUGUGGGGAGUUAGGUUUAUAGGGUGUGGGGAGUUAGGCUUAUAGGGUGUGGGGAGUUAGGUUUAUAGGGUGUGGGGAGUUAGGCUUAUAGGGUGUGGGGAGUUAGGCUUAUAGGGUGUGGGGAGUUAGACUGAAUGCCAGUCUGUUUCUCCUCUCUUGCCAACUCCUCAUAGAAUUGUCAUGCCAAACUUGACAAUGACAAUGGAGUAGGCAAAAACAGAUCUGGGAUCAGCCUAGUGGAGAGUGGGAUAUGUGAAUGAAACUCUCUUACCACUCCACAGGUGUAUGGGCAGUGUAUGGCGUCUAUCUCUGUUGGGAAGGGUGUGGAACUCCGCAGCUAUAAAUGUACCAUCCAACAAGGUAGAGUCUGUUUACAUAGGGCUCACUAGGGCUCAGUUUUUCCUGGUCAGGUCAUGAGGUCAGGAACAAUAUACAGUAGCUACUGUAACCACAAAACCCUUUCAGUUCAAUGACUUACUGGUGCAUUGUUGCUUUGAGUUGACUAACCUGUAGUGAACUGUAACCCCUGACCCCUGACCUUUGACCUUGUGCCCAGUGCCUGCCACGGUCAUUGUCGACACGUGUCCAGACUGUCCAACAGCAGAGCACCUGGAUGACCCCAUCAUAGCGGAGACGGCCAAUCUGAUCCUCCAGAAAUACAACAGAAUGAAUCGCCUGCCAAACUACUUCACCCUCCUCAACGUAACAGGAGCUAGCAUGCAGGUCUGUGAGAUCGUUCUGUGUUGUAGGCCUACGUCAGAUAUGAAAUGUUUUGCUAUUUAAAUAAAAACAGCACUUUGCUAUUGGAGAGGAGUAGAAGACAAUCCACCGACAUGAGACGGUGAAACCAAAAAUCUGAAGAGCAUUUGAAAGGAAUAUAUGUGACUCUCGCUCAUAAUUAAAAUCGUGAUGUUGUGUAAACUACACUGCACAAAAAUAUAAACGCAACAUGCAACAAUUUCUAAGAUUUUACUCAUUUACAGUUCAUAUUUGGAAGUUAGUCAAUUGAAAUAAAUAUUUUAGGCCCUAAUCUAUGGAUUUCACAUGACUGGGAAUACAGAUAUGCAUCUGAUGGUCACAGACACCUUAAAAAAAGGUAGGGGUGUGGAUCAGAAAACCAUUCAGUAUCUGGUGUGACCACCAUUUGCCUCAAGAAGCGCGACACAUCUCCUUCGCAUAGAGUUGAUCAGGCUGUUGAUUGUGGCCUGUGGAAUGUUGUCCCACUCCUCUUCAAUGGCUGUGCGAAGUUGCUGGAUAUUGGCGGGAACUAAAACACGCUGUCGUACACGUCGAUCCAGAGCAUCCCAAACAUGCUCAAUGGGUGACAUGUCUGGUGACUUUGCAGGUCAUGGAACUUCCAGGAAUUGUGUACAGAUCCUUGCGACAUGAGGCCGUGCAUUAUCAUGCUGAAACAUGCGGUGAUGUGGCGGAUGAAUUGCACGACAAUGGGCCUCGAUGGCAUUCAAAUUGCCAUCGAUAAAAUGCAAUUGUGUUCGUUGUCCGUAGUUUAUGCCUGCCCAUAUCAUAACCUCACUGCCACCAUGGGGCACUCUUUUCACAAUGUUGACACUAGCAAACCGCUCGCCCACAUGACGCCAUCUGCCCGGGAUAGUUGAAACCGGGAUUCCUCGAUGAAGAGCACACUUCUCCAGCGUGCCUGUGGCCACUGAAGUCGGUUACGAUGCCGUACUGCAGUAUGGUCAAGACCUUGGUGAGGACGAUGAGCACGUAGAUGAGCUUCCCUGAGAUGGUUUCUGACAGUUUGUGCAAAAAUUAGCUUUCCGGUGGCUGGUCUCAGACGAUCCCGCAGGUGAAGAAGCCGGAUGUUGAGAUCCUGGGCUGGUGUGGUUACAUGUGGUCUGUGGUUGUGAGGCCGGUUGGACGUACUGCCAAAUUCUCUAAAACGCCAUUGGAGGCGGCUUAUGGUAGAGAAAUGAGCAUUCAGUUCUCUGGCAACAGCUCUGGUGGACAUUCCUGCAGUCAACAUGCCAAUUGCACGCUCCCUCAAAAUUUGAGACAUCUGUGGCAUUGUGUUCUGUGACAAAACUGCACAUUUUAGAGUGGCCUUUUAUUGUCCCCAGCACAAGGUGCACCUGUGUAAUGAUCAUGCUGUUUAAUAAGCUUCUUGAUAUGCCACACCUGUCAGGUAGAUGGAUUAUCUUGGCAAAAGAGAAAUGCUCACUAACAGGGAUGUAAAGAAAUGUGUGCACAACAUUUGAGAGAAAUAAGCUUUUUGUGCGUAUGGAAAAUUUCUGGGAUCUUUUAUUUCAGCUUAUGAAACAUGGGACCAACACUUUAUAUGUUGCGUUUAUAUUUUACAUUCACAGCAAUUCUCAUCUACAGACUCUAUCCGCUACUUUAAAUUAACCAUAAGGCUGCAAACACCCUGCGUUACCAUUACAAGAAUGUCUAUAUGACUAAUUCCACAUAUCUACAGAUCGACAACAUCGAACAAGCUACAAACACAUCGCUAACACUCCACCAUACAUAAUCAACUACACUACACACAUUACACACAUCUACAUACACUACACACAUCUACAUACAUCUACACUACAUUUACAUAUCACUACAGCCUCUACACAGAGCGACUACAGUAGUGAAUGACACUACAUGAGUAUUCUGACUAACUGAGAGCCCCCUGUCGCAAGAACUCGGACCGACCCCGAGAUGCUCACACACACAAACAUACUCUAUCAACUGACGCUACAGACGCCAGGCCAUUACACCUUCCGCCGACAGGACAACGUGCCAAUUAUGCAGCACACCCAGCAGUCUACUACAUCGUAAGACAUGCUACACAGACAUCUGACACUGCACACACACGCACACAUACACACAGCAUCCCUACAUCUGAGACAUCUACAUCUACAAAUCAGCACAUCUACAUAGCAUCAUCACUCCAAUGCUUGAGACUAGCGAAGCACGGCUAUGACACGACAGGACACGGACACGCCAUCAAAGCAACAGAACAGCAUGGACGACCUUAGGAACAUGGCGACAGCACUAGGAUUAUUGAGAACACGUACACCACAUCUACACAGGCUACACUACAUCACACACAUCGACACUACAGCGACACGCACACUAGCAGGACACUGCACAACACACGACAGUCGACACUACAGCGACUUACACACGACACACACAUCACACACAGCGUACACUACUCUACACAUCUACACGCAUCUGACAACGACACACACACUACACAACACAGACUACAACACCACAGUCGAACACGAGACACACAGCGACACACAGCGACACACACACACACCAGCUGACACUGAAGCGCCGACACGACACACAGCGACACACACACACACAUCACACACACACACACACAACACACGCUACACACAUCUACACGACAGCUACACACAGCGACACACAUCACACACUAACUAAAAGAAACAAAAAAAAACAUGCAACACACAUCUGACAACUCGACACGACGCACACACACACACACAGUCGACAACAACACUACCGCUACUACAGCUAACACACACUCACACUACAUCUAACACACAUCUACACACAUCUACACACAUCUACACUACAUCUAACACACACUACACACACAAUUACACACAUACACUACAUCACACACAGCUGACACACAUCGACACAGAGACACGACAUCGUACACACACGACACCACCGAGCGAAAAAACCAACACACAACACACACAUCACAAUAUCACUAGCACCAAACUACACUGAAUCUACACACAUCACACAGUACCUACGACCAGCAAUAGACACACAUCUACGCACUAGCGAUACACACAGCACACACAAAAAAGACACGACUAGCACACAACAGCCACAUAGCGACACACAUAAAACAGCAAUCUAACCACACAUCUACACUACAGCUGACACACAGCGACACACACCUCACACAGACAGUCUCACUACAGUACACUACACGUACACACACACACACACACAGCACAGCACACACACACAACAUCAACUACACAACAUACACUACCACACACACAACACAUCUACACGAACCAGCUACACACAGCUACACUGACAGCACACACAUCUACGACACUACAAGCAUCACACACUACAAUUACAGCACAUCAACACACACAGCACACACACACACACUACACGACAUCAGGCACACAACUACACACAUGCUACACACACAAACACACACACACAACACAGCACAACACACACGACACAACACUACACACAUCUACACACAUCACCACAAUCAACACACACACGACACACACUACACACACACACACACACGUACAACGACACGCCACACAGCACCACACACAACGAUCACACACUACACAACACUACAUCACUACACUAGCAUCACACACACACACACACACACUACACUAGCUACAGACAUCACACUACAGCGACACUCACACACAACUACUACACACAUCAACACUACAUCUACACACAUCUGACACACAUCACACACACACACACGCCAUCUACACACACUCAAACACACCUACAUCUACACACAUCUACAACAUCAUAUACAUCACACACACACGCACAUCACACUACAUCUACACACAUCACACUACAUCUACACACAUCUAACGACAACUACACUACACGACACACAGCAAACAGCACACACAUCUACACUACAUCUACACACACUACACACAGCUCCACUACAUCUACAUGCACUACACUACAUCGACACUACAUCGACACACACACACUGACACGGCACACUAUACACAUCCACACAUCACACUACACUACACAACACUACACGACACACACACAUCACACACAUCUACACUACAUCUACACAACAUCAACACUACAUCUGCACUACAUCUACAUCUACACUACAUCUACACACAUCUACACUACAUCUACACACAUCUACACACAUAAAAAAAAAAAAAAAAAAAACAUCAACACUACAUCUACACUACAUCGACACACAUCUACACACAUCCUCACUACAUCUACACUACAUCUACACACAUCUACACACAUCUACACACAUCUACACUACAUCUGCACUACAUCUACACACAUAUACACUACAUCUACACACAUCUACACUACAUCUACACUACAUCUAUACACAUCUACACUACAUCUACACACAUCUACACACAUCUACACACUAUCACAUGUUUUAAAAUAGGGAAAAAUUAGUAAUCAUCUGGUCAUAAUUAUGAUUUGUAUGUGGCAAGCUGACAGUGGAGGAAAGUAGCCUCACAUCAGUCUCAGUGUUGUCACUAGCAUCAUAUCGUGUUACUCUAUUUGAACAAUCCUAUUCCGUGUUCUGUCCCCUAGCACAAGGGCUUUUGCACAGGCUCUCACACCACUCUGGAUGAUGGCACGUUUCAGACCAAACUCUCCAUCGAGGUCAAGUGUGAAAUCUUUGAACCAGAGGUAGGAAUCUUCCACAACAGUGCCAUCACUACCACGCAACGAUGAAACCUCAGUAACUGAGAGGCCAUCACUACCACGCAACGAUGAAACCUCAGUAACUGAGAGGCCAGCAUAGCAGUCAUAGAAACAUCAGUAACUGAGCAGAGGAGACCUCCGCAAUGCAGGCUUUUUUUCCAAUCCAGAUCUGACUAAAUUGUGGUCUAUAUUCAAGACCAAGACUAGGUCUAGGCCUGGGGGAAAGGGGUUGAUCUGGGAGUGGGCAUAAGGAUUGUACCAUUUCAUAAGCAUUUUACAAAUAAAGUUAUCAUUAUUAUGUCCAUCUCUCAGGCUGCCAAGGCAGAGGAGGAGGCCCAUGCCAGAGGAGACAGUGGGCACAGUGGGCAUCAGAGUGAAGAUGAGGACCAUAAACACAUGCACACACACCUGCACCCCCAUGAGCACCACCACCACCACCCCCCCAGCUCCAGUCAGACUUCCCCCAGACUGAAGGGCUCGCUGGGGGUAGUGGUGGUUCUACCUCCCCCUCAUGUGCCACCACCUCCACGAGCCUCACCAGUAGCAAGCAACUGUCCAGGCAAGAGGAAAACUAACCUGGGACUGGACAGGUUUCAAAUCUGAUUGAUAAACAUCUUCCGUUACUGCAAUAACAGCUUAUUAACACUUUUCUGACAUACAAAGCUACUUUGGUAUUAAGGGAAAACUGCACGCACUAUGACUCCCAAUACUUCCCCUCUUUUGCCCUGGCUGGAUAAUGUUCACUUUUUUUUUGCUACCUUAGAUCACAUAUGAAAAGUAUUCCACAACAUUGUACUGUAUAAUAACUAUGAUAGCUAGUAAAUUUAUCAGAGCAAUACAUGUAUAGUGUAACCUACAAUGGAUAUAUCUUCAUUGGUCAUAAUAAUGUAUUGUGCGAUUGUAGCCAAUUCAAUAUACCAUUAAAAAUGUUUUCAUCUGAUGUGAAGAGCAACUAUGUGUGUUUCAUAAGCAUGACAUCAAAUA